UCACAGGCGACAGCAGCAUUGUAUCAUCAGACACCAUGACCAUCAGAAACACUCUCCGGGACCAUGGACAGAGGUACCGACCACGGAUGGCUUGUCUCAAGAAGGCGGAGAAAGUGCUGCUGGAGAUGCAGGACCCCAAAACAGGAGUGAAGUCGCAGCCUCAGAGACUGGUUAUCACAACAAUACCACACGCUAUCACUGGUGAGGACAUCAUUUCGUGGUUAGUUGACAGAUUUCAAAUAGACACACAAGAGGCGAGGAGUUUGGGCUCCAUGCUGGUGGCGUUAGGAUACAUCUACCCGUUACAAGACCACAAACGCUUAGUGAUCAAACCGGAUGCAUCGCUCUAUCGCUUCCAGACACCGUACUUCUGGCCCACACAGCAGUGGCCUGUUGAGGAUACAGAUUAUGCAAUCUACUUGGCGAAAAGAAACAUCCGUAAGAAGGGAGUCCUGGAGCUGCACGAGCAGGAGCAGUAUAACCGUCUUCACAAGUGGAUGAAUCAUAAAUGGGAUUUCAUCGUGAUGCAAGCCAAAGAACAGUACAGGGCUGCAAAGGAGAGGAAGAAACCGGAUCGUGUGGUGUUUGACUGCCAGGAGAGAGCGUACUGGGUGGUUCACAGACCUCCGCCAGGGACAGUGAGCGCCAUGGACUACGGACUGGAUCGACUAGUAGAUCCAAACGCAGACGAGGCCAAAACACCCGACUUCUACAACAGAAUCAUGAUGUUCACCCAGCAGUCCAUCAUGAGGCCCAGAGUGAAGUCAUCUGUGUCCAUUGGCGCAUUGGUGAAAUACUGCGCCACCUAUUACAACCACGACCCUUUCCUCGCCAAGUGUCUUCCCAGCAACCCCUGGCUCACUGAUGAUGUCACGUAUUGGACCUUGAACAUGCCCAAUGUGGAAAUACCAACUAAAAUGCGAGUGGAGAGGUGGACGUUCAGCUUCGCCGAGCUGCUCUCAGACCCACGAGGACGAGAUGAUUUCAGACUCUUCCUGAAGAAAGAGUUCAGCGGUGAGAACUUGGCAUUCUGGGAAGGCUGCGAAGAUCUGAAGUGGGGCGAAGCUGCGACGAUGAGAGAGAAAGCAGAGCAUAUAUACAAGACGUUCCUGGCUCGUGGAGCGCCGCGGUGGAUCAACAUCGACGGAAAAACAAUGGAAAUCACAGUGAAGGGCCUGAAACACCCACACAGAUACGUCCUGGACGCAGCCCAAACUCACAUCUACAUGCUCAUGAAAAAGGACUCGUACGGCCGCUACCAGAAAUCUCCCGUGUUUAAGGAAACGAUGAAGAAGGCCGUCUGUCCUGAGGAGCAUCAUUUCACUGACGCCCAGUUGGAGCAGAAUGCAAAGAAGCGACGGCCCAGUCUCAGUCCCAUCAUCCUGCGGCAGAUGGAGCAGGAGCAGAGGGCCAAGAUGGCCGCCAACGUUGACAUCACGCAGCUGUGCCGCUUCACCACUCCCGUCCCCCACCUCGCCGUCUACUCUGGCAUCACUGACUUCCCCGCUGCCAACGCCUCACCCCCUCUCCCCUUCCUGGCUCACAGCCCAGCCUGCCCCUCUCCCAUCAGCGUGGCCUUGGACAGCACCUCGGCCUCUGAGCGCCGAGUGGAGGCCAGUGACGGAGAAGGCGAGGGGAAACCUGCUGCUCGGGCCCCCGCGGGUGGAAAUGUGUCCAAGUCUCGCAUGGCUCUGUCUCUGCGUCGCCUGCUGAAGCGUGGCUGCACCCCCGCCACCAUGUUCGCCAGCCUGUCGCCCAAAUGCCACUCAGCUGCCGGGACCAGCAGCCGCAUUCAGCCGAUCAGCCCCGAUCAGCCCAGCCAGGCUCCACCGAGACGGAUUGGAAAUUUCUUCCAGAUUAAAGUGGAUAUUCCUCCAGAGUGCCGGAUCUACCCCAUAGAGUCUGAGGACGAGGACGAGGAGAGCAGGGCCGCCUCUCGGGGAGAAGUGGGAGCCAAAGAGAUCAUCUGUCCCUGGGAGAGCCUCACCCCACAGAACGGGACGGGCUAAUCGGCUGCAUUUUACGCAAGUAUAAAAUAAAAACAAGCGUUUGAAUCUGUGUCUGUCUGAGCAGGCAGG